CUGUUCAACUUCCAGCCGCAUUGCAUAAAUAUAAUUUGUGUUUAACUUUUAUUAAAAACGAGUAAAAUGUCUUUUAAUAUAAUGCAAAAGUUAACCCUGCAAUAUCUAAAAGCAGACCAACCACUUAUAACAACAAUACGUAAUGCGAGCAAGAAAACUGGUGGAAGUACGCGGAACAAGAAGGGUCACCCAAGACCGAAGCACCGCGGCUGGCGUGUCCAGGAUGGCCACUUUGUAUCCCAAGGAACGAUACUAGCCACGCAGCUAACAACGCGUUUUCAUCCGGGCUUGAAUGUUGGUUUUGGACGUAAUGGCACGUUAUUUGCAAUGGAGCAUGGCAAAGUUUAUGUUACCUGCGAACAAAUCGAUCCAAAUUGGGAACACACCUGGAUUCAGCGUAACUAUGCUGGACGCGAUGGUCAGACUAUUUAUAAGAAAUUCUUCAAUGUCAUCCCCGAGAAGCAGCAUCAACGCUUUAAGUUGAUCGAAGAAGUGUAAAAGCUUUUAUUAAUAAACUUAGAGUAAUA